AAAAAACGGACCGAAAGCGCGCUAUCUUUGACACGCGCUCGUGUUAACGAGAAGUGAUGUCUCGCAGAGCCGCCGCGGCCAGUUGAAGGAACGUUGGGCCGGGCGUCGCACCACGUAACUACGCUUGGUCCACUGUCAUCGGCGAAACGCAAUGCGUUUCCGGGAUAUAUAGGAAGAUUGUGUUGGUGUGUAGUGUGCAAAGUGUGUUUCCUCGCUAUCAUAUUGCAUAUCAAGUUCUGCGGCUUCUUUUGUGUGUGUCCCAGUGCAAAACAAGACGUAGUGGAGUUGUUGCCAUGGGGUUCUUCGCCCACAUCCUGUACGUCCUCGCCUUCGCUUUGGUAGCGUCCUCCAGGCCCGCAAACAAGACUUGCAAUGAGGUACUCGAACAGCAAGUGCACGACGCCGGCUGCCGGCUGCUUGGACGCCUGCCGGACCGUUGGCUGCUCCGCUUUGACUCGGUCGGUGGCAGCAACGAGUCCGUGCCGGUGCUGGCCCUCGUGUUUGGUCUGGCCGACUCAACCACCCACAUUGAGAGCAGCAUGUGCUGGUCCGAGCUGACCGCAGCGCUGGCAAUGCAGGGCAUGGCCAAGGUGGCGCUGCCGGCGUCCACAGCGCGUGUAUUCUUCGCCGCCAAGGCCAAGAUCAAGGCAGAACUAUCAUGGCCGGGACCUGAGGUGGAUGAUCUCAACGUGGGAAACUGGGAGCUUAUCGACAGCUCUCAUGACGAAGUGGAAACUACAAAGGAAGCCGACUUCCUUCUGCAGGUGACUCGUGAAGCGGCCCUUACAGCAAUCGAACGUCAGCUACCUCGCCUCCUGCUGAGGGCUUUGAAGCCCCGAACCCCGACGAUACUGUAGUAAUACAGCCGAAGUUUGGGUGUAACGAGCCCUGCAUGAUGCUACAUACAUGGCUGGAUCACAUUCAGGAAUUGUAACACUUCACUGACUUUGCGCAGCACAAUUAGACAUUAGUCAGUAAGUGUCCUCUACUCUGCAUACAUCACCAUUUCAGUGAACAUGAUCUAUGUAAUAAGGCAGUUUUCACAUAGAUGUUUUUGACCGUUAGUGAAUACCGGAAGCACAGAUUGUUUUCUUAUUACAUCUAUUGACAGAAACUCAAACGUUACUUUUUGGGGAAUACCUUUUUUAGUGCAUUUAAAAAUAAUUGAGACGUGCAUGACAAAAAGACACCGUUGUAGAGAAACAAAGAGUAUCAAGAGAACGAGGAUUGCCAAAAAAGCGACUGCCGAGAAGUCUACAGAAGUGUUCAUUUUUUUCGAAAGUGUAAAUUGAGCGAAGGCAUUCCUCAAACGCAGUGAGAGCUGAUCAAAAAUGUUUUUGCCCUCUCUGGUGAAGAAGGUGGCGAUGCUUCUAAACAUGCAGUUCGAAAUAAAUGCAGGGAGAUAUCUACUCACAAGAAAAGCCCUGACAAAGCAAGAUUGUUCGUCAUUUUCAUUUGAUGCUUGCGAUGUUUGCCAACUUAUACAACCGUGUAACUUGCUCUGUCAAUGAGGAUAUAGAAAUCUAGAUGCAUCCACGCCACAAAAUGGUGGCACGUUUUCCUCGAGUAGCAGUGUUUUAAAACUGAAUCUCCAUAUACUAUUAGCAUACGCUGUUACUGUAUUUGAACAUUCUCUUCUCAUAUUUAUCAUCAUUGCUUAGUGUACUUGAAUACAUGCAUGAAUUUCACUGGGACAAAUGUUUCCACAGCUGCAUGCUACGUUCUGGUUUGCUGCUCUGUGUCAGUUGCUAAGAGGUGUCCCACCUCUUCUCCUCACCCCGCCAAAGAAAAUUCUGGCUACGCCCUGCUCUGUGCUUAUAUACCACGCUACUUUAUGUACUGCGACUUGCUUCCCGAUUACGUACAGCAAGUAAAUGCACCAGAAGACUCAGCUGGGAUUGCUGUUUGAUAUCCCUCAGUAAAAUACCAUUCGCUUUCUCUGCACUACGUAUUCUACUGCUUUAGUGAUAAACUUUUCGAACAUACGUGUACUAGAAAGGAAUCUAGCUUAAAUAUUGCUUCUUGA